UUCAUGGCAUAAUUUAGAAAAAUCCACCACUUUGACAACACCCACAAUGGGUCAGAAACACCCACUUCUGCUCUGCACAGACCUCAGUCUCGCGCGUGAACAGAGAGUGAUAGGAGCCGCAGAUCCGCGCUUCAAUGAUCAGCUUCUGAAACAGCGACGCAGAGUGUGUGACAGCAGCCAUGAGGCGGACUAAAGCGGACGUGGAGCGCUAUAUCUCUACAGUUCAGAGCGCCUCGCCCUCGCAGAAAGCGAGUCCAGUCAAAGGAUUUCUGUUUGCUAAGCUAUACUUUGAGGCUAAGGAGUAUGACCUGGCUAAAAGACAUGUUUCGGAGUAUCUGACCGUCCAGCCGAAGGAUCCUAAAGCGCACAAGUUCCUCGGGCAGCUGUUUGAGCGAGACGGAGAAACGGAGAAAGCUGUGGGAUAUUACAAGCGCUCGGUGGAUCUGAAUCCGGCUCAGCACGAUCUGGUCCUGAAGGUGGCCGAGCUGCUGUGCAGUAAACCCGAGCACGACAGCCGAGCCGAGUUCUGGGUGGAGAAAGCGGCCAGGCUUCUGCCGGGACACCCGGCCGUCUUCAAUCUGAGGGAGAAGCUUCUGAGCGCUCAGAGCGGCUCUAACCAGCUGUACGAGCUGCUGCAGUCGGAGCUCAAGCUGCGGCCCGCAGACACCUACAUCAACCACAAGCUGGUGCAGCUCUACAGCGCAGACGGCCGGCACGAGGACGCCGUCAAACACUGCCUCGCCGUGGAGAAGGCCGGCGUCCUGAGACACUGUCUGGAGUGGUACCAGCUGCUGGUCAGCACCCUGCAGGAGUACCUCUGCCAGCCGAGCGUGUCGUCGAACGAACAGGCGUCACGCAAGUCUGAAGAGCUGCUGCUGGCGCAGUGCAGCCGCGUGAGACUGACGCUGGCGCUGAAGGGCUGUGAGGAGAGCACCGCUGCGCUCUGGAGUUUUGACUGUGCGAUGCAGGAUCUGAAGAACACGGCCACGAACACACCGGACGAGCUGGCGGAGGUGUUCACGGAGAUGAGGGCGCACCUGUACCUGUACGCCGGGACGCUGCUGCUGAAGAGGGCGCAGGACGGGGCGCAGCAGUGGAGGGGCGUGCUGGAUCUGGCCGCUCUCUGUUAUCUCAUAUCCUAUCAGGCUCCGAGACCCAAAGCCAAGAGCUUCAAGAGUGAGCAGGCGUCCCAUGAGCCUCUGGAGCUGCUGGCCUGUGAUCGUCAGAGUCAGGCGGGUCACAUGCUGCUGAACCUGAGCCGGGACGUGGAGCAGCUGCUGAAGGACGUGGUGGAGGUGUUCGGGAACCAGAGCGGCCCGGGCUGUCUGUUUGACCAGCUGUUCGGCGCACAGACGCAGGAGCGGCUCUCCUUCAUCUGCAACGAUGACAUCCACAUCCUCAGCGUACACGCGCCCAAAGCCGCAGAUCUGGCCAAGUGGGACAGCGGAGCGGUGCUGCUGCAUGCGGGUGAUCUGCAGCAGCUGACGUGGCUCGGCCUGCAGUGGGCACUCAUGGGUCAAAGCGCGAGUCUGCAGGACUGGCUCAAGCAGCUCUUCCCUCGCCUCACGCUCGAGACCUCCAAACUGGACACCAACGCGCCGGAAUCCAUCUGCCUUCUGGACCUGGAGGUGUUCGUGUGCGGCGUGGUGUUCUGCAGUCAGGCGCAGCUGCAGGAGAGGGCGAAGAUUGCGUCCCGCGCUCAGCCGCACGAGCCGCGCUGUCUGCCGCUGCACAUCAUGAAGCUGCUGUCGCCUGACAGCAGAGAGUGGUGGGAUGCCGUCUACAGCCUGAUUCACAAGAGAGCGCAGCCCGGGACGUCUGCUAAACUGCGUCUGGUCGUUCAGCACGGUCUGGGCACACUGCGCGCCGGAGAGAAACACGGCCUGCAGCCGGCGCUGCUCAUACACUGGGCUAAACAUCUGACUGACGCGGCUGAGCGGGUGAACUCUUACUACCAUCAGAAGGAGUACGCUGGCCGCAGUGUGCACUACUGGAAGGUUGUGCUCCCCCUGCUGGAGAAGGUCCGACACAAACGCAGCAUCCCUGAACCCCUCCAGCCCAUGUUCAUGCACUUUCGGAGCAGAGACAUACAGCUGUCUCAGGUGCGAGUAUAUGAGGAAGAUGCUACCGUAAGCUUCGCCGCACUCCUUGACAUCGAGGGCAACACAGAAGAGGCCAUCGCGAAGCUGGAGCAGCUCAACAGCAUCUCGUCUAACUGGCAUCUGGCGAAGAUCUAUCAGAGGCUGUCAGAGGAGGCAGGAAACGGGCUUGAGGAAACUCAGGGCAGGUGCACCAACUUCCUCCUGAAGUUCAGAAAGUACUUGACCAAGAUUUAUCAGGCCAAUGCAGAGGAUAUGGAGAAGUUACCUGUAUCUAUGGAGGAGGUGAUGGAUUUGUUGAAUGAGAUCAACCAGCAGCUUGAAGAUGUUGGUGAGGUGGAUGAAGAUCAGGUGGACUAUCCUGUGACAUCCAGCCCCGGUCAGCCCGCUGAAGGCCAUGUUAAAUACUCCACACCUUCCUCAUUCAAGAGUGUCACGUCACCAUCCAAAAGAUCUGUGUUCUCCCCCAAAACGCCGCCUCACUGGGUGGAGGACCAGAAGUCACUGCUGCAGAUGUUAUGCCAGCAGGUCGAGGCCUUGAAGAAUGAGGUUCAUGACCUACACCAUAAUUCUUCAGAUGCCACAGCAUCCUCAUAUAGGAUGUAUCGAGACAACUACACUGCAGAAGGACUUCAGGAAACGUUUCCUGCAGCGCAGACGUUCAGUGGUGUUCCUGUCACUGUUGCUACUACAGGUCCCUCUGUGUACUACAACCAGUCUCCAGCAUAUAAUUCACAGUAUCUUCUGCGCACCGCUGCAAAUGUCACACCAACAAAGGGCCCAGUAUACGGGAUGAAUCGCCUUCCUACACAGCAACAUAUGAAUGCCUACCAACAAUCAACACACACUCCACCUCUCCAGUCAACACCUGCAUGCAUGUAUCCUCAAGAGCAGGUCUUCGGUCCUCCCAUCCGGUUUGAGUCACCAGCUACAACAUUACUCUCCCCAUACAGUGAGGAGUAUUAUGGUCACAAUGUUCCUCAGCCCACAGUAAAUCCAACAUUGCCAGAGCCUGGAUAUUUCACUAAGCCAUGUGCUGUUACAUCCACACAGCCAACCAGGAGCACUGAAAGCAAGGCUGUCGACCCCAAGAUGAGUUUUGGGCCGCAGUUCACAGGUGAACCUGCUAAGGUUCCCAACUUUGGAGGAGGAGCUGUCACCCAAACAACAACAGCAACAACUGCGUUCAAGUUCAACUCCAAUUUCAAGUCCAAUAAUGGUGAUUUCACCUUCUCCUCUGCUCAGGGGAAAAACAGUGAAAGCCUCUUGGGACUUCUGACAUCAGAUAUUCCUCCCAAAGCAGAGGUACCAUCAGAACCGAAACAUCAGACUCAAGACCAGCUGCCUAGCCAGAGCGAAGUCUUUACCUUUGGAAGUAAAAAUUCUGCAGGAUUUUCAUUCACUGAUGGUGCUCAGAACCAGAUGAGUGUUUUUGGCGACACCGACCAAAGGUUUAGCUUUACAAGUGGAACCAAGCCAACAUUAGGGAAUUCCGAGGCUCGGGAAGAGAAAAGUGGGGAAAGUGACAAUGAUAGUACCCAUGUGGAAGAGGACGAGGAUGGGCCUCAUUUUGAGCCCAUUGUGCCUCUACCUGAUAAGGUCGACGUGAAAACUGGUGAGGAAGAGGAGGAGGAGAUGUUCUGCAAGAGAGCAAAACUCUUCCGAUUUGACUCGGAGGCUAAAGAAUGGAAAGAGAGGGGCAUUGGCAGUAUCAAAAUCCUGAAGCACAAAACCUCCGGGAAAGUUCGUCUGUUGAUGAGGAGGGAGCAGGUUCUGAAAAUCUGCGCCAAUCACUAUAUCACUGCUGACAUGGCCCUCAAACCAAAUGCUGGAUCUGACAAAUCCUGGGUGUGGUACGCUAUGGAUUAUGCAGAUGAAAUGCCGAAGACUGAGCAGUUGGCCAUUCGUUUUAAAACAGCAGAAGACGCGGCGCUGUUUAAAGUUAAAUUUGAGGAGGCUCAAAAGUUCAUUUCGGAAUCCCUGCAAAGCCAACAGACUGAAAAGGAAAGCGCAACUUCACAACCUCAGGUUUCAUCCAAAGUAGUGGAUCUCAAAACCCUGUUUUCCAAGAAGGAGGGUGAAUGGGACUGUGACGUGUGCUGUGUAAGAAACGCUCCCACGUCUGCGGUGUGCGUGGCCUGCAACAGUGCAGCUCCUUCUACAGCACAGGUCAAACCUAUAGAGGAACCCAAAGGCUCUGGCCCUGUGGCUCCUCCUGCCAAACAGUUUUCUUUUGGACUUUCUGGAGAUUCCGCUAAGAACACCGCCAGCACUGAUGUCAGCUCGAAGGGCUUCAUGUUUGGAUCUCAAAUACCAGUUUCUUUUAAGUUUGGAUUGACUGAUGCUGUGGUGACAUCUGCUGGCUUUGGAGCUCAGGCUGAGAAGAAAACAAUUCAGGCUGAUGCACCACAACAAGAGAAAGUGGGCACUGGAUUUGGUGCUCAGUUUGCCAAGAAAGAGGGUCAGUGGGACUGUGACUCCUGCCUAGUGAGGAAUGAUGCCUCAGCAACUGAAUGCGUUUCUUGCAAAGCCCCCUGCAGCACUGAAAAAACUAAUGCAUCAUCGAAAGUUGGGCUAGCUGCCAUGUUUUGUAAAAAAGAUGGACAGUGGGAUUGUGACACUUGCUUGGUAAGAAAUGAAGGUUCAUCUAGCCAUUGUGUUUCAUGUCAGACAGCAAACCCAAAUAUGAAAAACAAGAUCUCUGAUUCUUGCAGCCAACCUGCUGAGACAGGAUUUAAUGCCGAUUUCAAUUCAGGCACUGCUUUUCAGUUCGGCACAAGUACGGAUAAAGCAUCCUCAGAAGGCUUCAAGUUUGAGUCCUCCACAACUGAGGCUGAAAAGUCAUCAGGCAGUUCCAAUUUUUCGUUUUCUAUGCCGCCGCCUGUUGGCGGGUUUAAGUUUGGCAUUCCAGAAUCUGAGGCAAAACCAUCAGACGGACAGUCCCAAAAUGGAUCUGCAUCUGACCUCCUCAAAAAUAUUGCUGAGCUUCACAAAGAGAAAGAAAAUGAGGCAGCCCCAACUUCCUCAGAACAGUCUGUAGAUGCUGAUGGUCAUGAAACUAAAGGUGUUAGGUUUACCAGUAAAGAGGAGAUUAGUUUCGCUUACUUGGCAAAGUCACCAGGAAGUUUUCAGUUUGGCCAGAAGGAUCCAGCUUUCAAAGGCUUUGCAGGUGCUGGCGAGCAGCUCUUUACACAGUUUCAUUCCGGCACCAAGGCAGACAUCUCUGGUGAGUGCUCCACAACUGAGGCUGAAAAGUCAUCAGGCAGUUCCAGUUUUCCGUUUUCCAUGCAGAAAAUGCAGAUCCAGACGCCUGUUGCCGUAUUUCAGUUUGGCAUUGCAGAAUCUGAGGCAAAACCAUCAGACGGACAGUCCCAAAAUGGAUCUGCAUCUGACCUCCUCAAAAAUAUUGCUGAGCUUCACAAAGAGAAAGAAAAAGAGGCAGCCCCAACUUCCUCAGAACAGUCUGUAGAUGCUGAUGGUCAUGAAACGAAAGGUGUUAGGUUUACCAGUAAAGAGGAGAUUAGUUUCGCUUACUUGGCAAAGUCACCAGGAAGUUUUCAGUUUGGCCAGAAGGAUCCAGCUUUCAAAGGCUUUGCAGGUGCUGGCGAGCAGCUCUUUACACAGUUUCAUUCCGGCACCAAGGCAGACAUCUCUGGUGAUCAAGAUGAUAAAAUGUACAAAACUGAGGAGAAUGACAAUAUUCGGUUUGAGCCUGUGCCACUGCCUGAUUUUGUUGAGGUCUCAACAGGAGAAGAAAACAAGCAAGACCUUUUCAGUCACCAGUCCAAAUUAAACUGUGAUGAUAAAGAUCUUUGUCAGACACCUGGGGCAAAGCUUGGCGCUCAAAGCACCAAGAAUUUGGUCUCUCCCCCAAAGUGUGACUUUGAGUCAGAUUCUGUGCAGAAGACCUUUGGAAGCCAUUUGCCAUCAAAAGAAAAAUGUCCUGUUAUAAUUUCCAGCUCAAAAGAUGAGGAAACAGCUGUCUUAAGACUGAAGACCUCUGGACCGGCAGUGAGCAGCCAGUCUUCAGUUGGGACUCCUUUCAGCAUACCAACAAUUUCCUCACCGUCGGAGCAGAACACUGAGCUCCAGAAGCUGCGGCAGGCACAGGUGAGGUGUGCUCCCGAUCUUCACAACACAGCACCAGUUCUUCAGGUGAAGCCUUCCCAUGAUGCAGCAGCUGUGGACACGAGCGGCGGCGGAGCAGAAGAGCGUCAGACAGACACACCGGUGGCUGACGGCAGCCUCUCUACCAAGAGAAGCAGUGAGAGCGACUCCAGCGAAGCUACAGUUUCCUCACCGUCGGAGCAGAACACUGAGCUCCAGAAGCUGCGGCAGGCACAGGUGAGGUGUGCUCCCGAUCUUCACAACACAGCACCAGUUCUUCAGGUGAAGCCUUCCCAUGAUGCAGCAGCUGUGGACACGAGCGGCGGCGGAGCAGAAGAGCGUCAGACAGACACACCGGUGGCUGACGGCAGCCUCUCUACCAAGAGAAGCAGUGAGAGCGACUCCAGCGAAGCUACAGGUCUGUCUUUUGGAUUCACAUCUGCGGGUUGGAAUUUAUUUGCAGAACUGGCAAAGGCUUCAGGGAAAUUUGGAGAAAAAGAUGAUAAUUUCUCAUGGUCAGGCACAGGAGCCACAGUCUUUGGAAGCACAGGGACACAAAAGGAAGGAGAAAAAAACAGCCAUGAAGCAGAAGCGGAGGGCAGCGAUGAUGAGACGCCGGUCGUGUCUCUGCCUGAGGGGCUGGCGGAAAUAAGUUCAUUUGCCAACUGAGAGAAGACGCCGCCGAUCCUGGCUCCAGGCCUGUAGGUGGCGGAGAUGCACACGUGACGUCUGUCAAGCACCCUUACUGUCAGUCCUGUGUCCUGUGUCAUGUGUCAUGUGUUCCCGCCUCUUGUUUCCUUAUUUGGUCUUGUUCCUGUCCUUGUUCUGUGUGUUUAUUAGUUUAUUCAGUUCAGGUGUGUGUAAUUAUCUGUUAUUGUCAUGUGUAUUUAGUUCAUGCUUGUUUAGUUAGUUUUCGUCUGGUCUACUCGUUACUCCUCGGUGUUCCUGUCUGAGUCAGUCUUGUCUUGUCUUGUCUUGUCUUGUCUUGUCUUGUCUUGUCUUGCCUUGCCUUGCCUUGCCUUGCCUUGCCUUGCCUUGCCUUGCCUUGCCUUGCCUUGCCUUGCCUUGCCUUGCCUUGCCUUGCCUUGCCUUGCCUUGCCUUGCCCUGCCCUGCCCUGCCCUGCCCUGCCCUGCCCUGCCCUGCCCUGCCCUGCCCUGCCCUGCCCUGCCCUGCCCUGCCCUGCCCUGCCCUGCCCUGCCCUGCCCUGCCCUGCCCUGCCCUGCCCUGCCCUGCUUGAGUUCAUUAAAGACUAUUAUUUUGAAGUUUAUCCUCGUCUCCGUGUUCCUCGUUCCUCCCUGCUGUGUGCACCGUGACACUUACAAAGCAGCAGAAGAAGAAGACAGAAAGGAAAAUGCAUUGAAAACUUGGAUGAUUAGUUCUUAACUCUUUCCCCGCCAGCUGUUUUUAAAAAAUGUUGUCAGCCACCGCCAGCAUUUUUUCACGUAAAUUUGACGGCCCUCAGAAUAUUUUCUGCUAUGAAUAUAUGAACAUAUUAUAUAUCAAAAUAAAGAUGUGUUCAUGUUUUAUCACCACUU